AUGAGCCAACCUACACACUCAUCCAUUCGCCGCGCCGGCUACGUCGACCCCAACUUCCCCAACCCCAACGGCCCGCAAGACGUCUCCAUCAUCAUCUACGGCUUCACGCCCUCCUUUGCCCUCGCCGUCUUCGCCGCCGUCUUCUUCUUCCUCUACCUCGUCGUCCACACCGUGCAGACCGUGCGCUUCAGAUCCUGGUGGUUCAUCACCUUUACCGUCGGCCUCGUCUUUGAGAUUGUCGGGUACUGCGCGCGCGCCCUCUCCGCGAAAAAGGACCCGUACCACCUCAUCUACUUUGUCCUCAACUACUUCUUCAUCGUCACCGCGCCCGUCUUCCUCGCCGCGGGCAUCUACACCAUCCUCUCGGUGCUCAUCGGCCGGCUGGGCCGCCGCCACGCGAUCCUCGCGCCCAAGGUCAUCCUCUGGUUCUUCAUCGUCUCGGACGUCAUUGCCACGAUUACGCAGGUCGCCGGCGCGGCGCUCAUCGGCAAGAUGGAGUCGGACCGCAAGGACCCCACGACGGCGAACAAUAUCCUUCUGGGCGGCCUAGCGUACCAGGUCUUUUCCAUGGGCGUCUAUGUCAUUGUCACGGCCGUUUUCCUCUGGCGUGCCCGCCACGAUCUGCGUCGCGAUGGUCUGACGAGCUUUGCUUGGUCUUUUGCGGCAGCGACGGUCCUCAUUUAUCUCCGGACUACCUUUCGUCUGGCCGAGACGGCCGAGGGUCUGUUUGGAAAGCUGCAGACCCACGAAAUCUACUUUGCCUGUCUUGAGUUUGCGCCCGUCGCUUUGGCUGUCUUGCUCGUGGGCUGCUUCCAUCCUGGUCGCUGCAUCAAAAAAGGCACCACCGUAGAAGAGGACAAGCUGCCUCAUCGCACAGUCUCGCAUGUCUAG